UUUUCGAAAUGGACUCUAUACUCCUUGGACUAGAGGGAGAAAAGAAUGUGUCACCCACCUACAAGACACCAACUGUUGGGAUUGUUCUAGAUUGUAAAGAAGUCCCAAACUUGUCGAAUAUAGAGAAUCAUUCAAACGAAGAGAGCACAACAGCUUCUAUUUUUCAAGAUUCUGUUCCUGUUUUCGAAAGAGACUGUGUACUCCAUGAACCACAAGGAGAAAAAAAUGAGUCACCCACCCACAAGACACCAACUAAUGGGCAAACAGAGGUAGGGAAUGGAAUGGUUGGCCACAUUCAGGACCAAAAUGGGAUUGUGCUAGAAUUUAUAAAAGGUCCAAACUUGUUGAAUGCAGAGAAUUGUUCAAAUGAAAAGAGCUUAACAAUCCCUAAUUUUCAAGAUUCUGUCCCUGGUACUUAUCCUGCCAUGGAUUCUUCUAUUUCAUCUAUCUACAGAGAAAGUGGUGAAGCAGGGGGUUCCUCUGAAUUGGCAUUUCAACCGAAUGAAUUGAUUCCAUCGAUGGCUUAUCCAAAUCCCAACGCUUGUGUACAUACAGAGCCGCAUAUAUCAUUGACAGAGAUGCCAAUUGAGAAUGUGGGGAGUUCAAGAGAUUCUAGAAAUUUCUCUACAUCAGCAGUGGGAAUUUUUAUGGGGGGACAUGUCUCUGAAUCUAGUUGGACAAUGCCUUUGCCUUCUAAUCUAGCUCCAAUGCAAACCAUGGCUACUAUUCCCCACACAAUGCAACAUCACAGAAAAGCAAUAUACAACAACUGUGACGUUUAAGGCACGAUAUAGGGAUAACACAAUAAGAUUUUGUCUGUCUCUACCAUCUGGAAUUGUUGAAUUGAAGAAAGAAGUGACAAAUAGACUGGGAGAGCUUGGCAGCUUCAAGGUCGAUUAUCAAGAUAAUAAUGAGUGGAUUUUAAUAGGCUGUGAUACAGAUGUAUGGGACUGUUUCAAACUUUCAAGUUCAUCGGGAGAUGCAGUAGUCAGACUACGGGUUCGUGAUGAGGUUGCCAAUUCCAAGAAUUUCAAUAAAAGUUGCAUAAGGUUGAAGAGCAAAAGUUCAUAGAAUGCUACAUUAUUACAACGUCUAUAUUUCAAAGCUCGUUUAUGGUUUUCGGGAGAUUUUGGUUUGUAAUUUUGUGAGUUUAUUUGAUGUUUUUUGUGUUUUAGUUGGUUUCUCGAAAACUAGUUUUUAUUUAUUUACUUGUUUUUUGUGUGCUUUCUUUCUGUUGGAGCUUGACUGUUGUCUUUGGGCUGGCUAACAUUUACUGAUGCUUGUGUUCUCAGCUAGGAUGCAUUAUGUUUUGUUUGUU